AAAAUUACUCAUACAUAAAUGAAAAUUGCAACAAAUAUAUAUGAGUUUGGUGAAAGACCUAAUUUUUGGUGAUAAAACACAAAUUACCAAAUUUAGAAUUUGAUUUGGCGAAAGACCUAAUUUCAUAUAAUCUGAAGAAAAUUCUUGUACAUUUCCGGAACUGUUAUGCUGCCAAAACACAAGGCGAUGAUUGUUCCGUUGACACGAAUGUUGUCUCUGAUCAUCAUCACAUUCCUCAUCUUUUACGAAGAUAGGGUUUCGAUACCCUCCUGCGAGGUCGUACCCAGACCCAAUCAGGAUGAUGAAUAUCAUCAUCACCACCAUCAUCAUCCGGAGGAUUUGAAGGUGAUGAUAGUUGCAGACUUGCUCUUGUUGGGCUCCGAAGCUCCUUACAUUAACAUCUUCUUCAGAGACCAUUACUUGUCCCAAUUCUUCAGGAAAUCAAUUGAAAUCUUGAAGCCAGAUAUGCUGCUUGUAUUAGGAGAUGUUUCUGCUAGAGGAUCAGAUUUGACGAGAAGUGAGUGGUCAUCUGUGCUCCAUCAGUUUCAUGGAUUGUUGGGUCCCUUUUUUGACCAUCCAUUUCAUGUUAUUCUCGGAGAUAGGGAUAUUGGAGAAUGUGGUGCACUAAACACAAAAUCUGUAAAUUGGAUAGCUAGCAGUUUUCCCGGAUUGGAUUCCGCUGGUUGUGGUGCCUUUGAAAUUAGUAACAUUAGCUUUGUUUCACUUAAUGCUGUGGCAUUGCUCUGUGGCAACAAUAAGCUACGUUUUAGUGUUGAAAAAGUAAUAGAGAGAGAAAGCAUAGAUUUGCGGAUGGACAGUGAACACACAACAGAACUGAUGAUUGAGUCUAGCAAAAUCAGUUUGACUUCCGGUGACGUUGGGUGGAGAGAAAAUGCUGUGUCAUCUGGGUCGGGUCCUGUCCUCUUACUUCACUUUCCACUGCAACAGAUGACAAACAACAACUAUUGGGGAAGUAUUAUCACUGAUGGAACUAAUCAUUCAUGUGAGAGUUCAAAAACACGACAGAGGGGGCUUGUUGGGACUGGGCCAUAUGACUUAUUGCACACUCUCCCGCCAAAUGCUACUGAAUAUAUCUUCCAAGCACUUAAGCCAAGGAUUGUUUUCAGCGCACAUGCUCAUGAAUUUUGUGAUCACAUUCACUCAGAUGGGACGCGUGAGGUUACUGUUCCGGCCAUGACAUGGGAUGCCAGGGAUGACCCUGGUUUUGUUGUUGCCACUUUCAGAAAGAAUGGGGGAGCAGUAACUGUCAGUUAUUGCUCCCUUGCUAAGGAAUCUCAUGUACUCACUGCUUAUUUUUCUAUUCUUGUCCUAUUAAUAUCAACUAUUGUUAUGGCAAAUACAUCAUCCUCAACAAAUUCACAAAGUUGAUAUUAGAAGACCUCAGUAUCAUGCCAAUCGUGUAUAAUAUUGUACAUUAUCCUUUAUAAGAAGGAUGAAGUUGACUCUUCCAUUUUUCAGGUAAAACAAAUUGAGUUAUGGGAAAUCAAAUUAUGCCUACAA